AGUGGCACGUAAACACAAGAUUUAAAACAUGAAAAAAGAAGAAGUACAAGCUAUAUUCAUGAAGAUCCUGAGAGAAGAAGAGGAUGUCUCAGCUGGUGUGGCUGCCAUCAAAACUUUGUUAACUGUUAUAGAAAAUUAUAAAGUAUCUACAGUGAGAGAAUUAGAUCUGAAUCUCCAAUUGGCUGUGGAUGCAAUGAGACAUUGUGAUCAACCUGUUACAGCUAUCUCAUCUGGGUGUGAAUUGUUUAUGAGGUUUAUUACAUUUGCCAAAUUAGACACAAAGAGUUUUGAAGAAUGUGAAAAAAUUAUGUUACAAAGAGGCAAUAUAUUUCUGGACAAGCUGUUAGAAGCACGAGGAAAAGUAGCAAAACAGGCUUUGUCAUUCAUUUGCGAUGGAUGUAAAAUUUUAACACAUUCUCGGUCAAGAGUUGUUUUACAAGCAAUGAUAGAAGCUAUAAAAGCAAACAAAAGAUUUGAAGUCUUCAUCACAGUAUCUGCACCGGACAAUAGUGGUGAGGUGAUGCACAAACAACUUGUGGCUGCGGGUGUGGACGCAACACUGAUCUUAGACUCCGCAGUCGGCUACGUCAUGGAACAAGUCGAUAUCGUAAUGAUAGGAGCUGAAGGCGUCACUGAAAGCGGAGGUAUCAUAAAUAAGAUUGGCACAUACUCGCUUGGUAUAGCAGCUUUAGAACUUAAGAAACCAGUUUAUGUACUAACGGAAAGUUUCAAAUUCUCUCGGAUAUACCCUCUAAACCAAAUGGACUUGCCUAAGGAAUUCAAAUAUUUAUCAAACACGUUGAAAAGUGGUAAAGAUCUAAGCAAACAACAUCCAUUGGUCGACUACACACCUCCCUCCUACAUAACUUUAUUGUUCACGGAUUUAGGCAUCUUAACUCCAUCCGCCGUUAGUGAUGAACUAAUUAAAUUGUACCUGUAAAUAAUUUAGUAUAAUACGUAAUGAUUGAAAUAAAUUUUGUUUA